CUGGCGAGCUGUCCCUACCCAUGGCCGAGGAGCCAGAGCCAGACCUCGGGGCGGCCGAGGACGCAGUGGAGCCUGCAGUGGAGAUGCCAAGCUGGAAGUCUCCAGAGGAUACAGACCCCCAGCCCGGAAGUUAUGAGAUCCGACACUACGAACCAGCCAAGUGGGUCAGCACUUGUGUGGAGUCAAUGGACUGGGAUUCAGCCAUCCAGACUGGCUUCACAAAACUGAAUGGCUACAUUCAAGGCAAAAAUGAGAAAGAGAUGAAAAUGAAGCUGACCGCUCCAGUGACAAGCUACGUGGAGCCCGGCUCAAGUCCUUUUAGCGAGUCUACCAUUACCAUUUCCCUGUGUGUCCCCUCCGAGCAGCAAUCCGAUCCCCCCAGGCCUUCAGAGUCAGAUGUCUUCAUUGAAGACAGAGCUGGGAUGACUGUGUUUGUGCGGUCCUUUGACGGAUUCUCCAGUGGCCAAAAGAAUCAAGAACAACUUUUGACAUUAGCAAACAUUUUGAGGGAAGAAGGAAAGGUUUUCAAUGAAAAGGUCUUUUAUACUGCUAGCUACAGCAGUCCGUUCCAGUUACUUGAGAGAAAUAAUGAGGUGUGGCUGAUUCAGAAAAAUGAGCCCUCCCAGGAAAACGAAUAA